AUAUUUCACAAACUUGUUCUUCAAGAAUUAAAAUGCAUUCGGGUUACGAAAUACCCGGGAUCCAACAGCACCCACAGUCAGCCACCGACAACAGCAACCCGGUUUUGCACCCGACCCAUUUUCCCGACCAAAUCCACGGCCACCGCCUCUUCCUCGACCCGCCCCACUUCCUCCCGCCGCAGACCCACCACUACAAUUCGUCCUAUUUCCCGGCCCUGAACUUCAAGCUCGGCCUCAACGAGGUUUGCUCGACAAACAAUAUUAAUGAAUAUAAUAGUGAGAAAGAGUGUAGCAUUAUUAAUGAAGAGGCUGCCGGUGACUGUAGCCUGCUCCAUGAGAGUGAGCGCUUUGAGGAAGAGGCUUGUUGGCAAAAUCAACAAGAUUCGACUAGUAUUAAACAACCACCCACUUCCUUCUGGGAACAACUGGCAUCCAAUGAACACGCGGAAACCAUGGCCCACAAAGUACCCAACCACGGCUUGACCGACUUCGGCGAGCUCGAAGCCAUAUACAAACCGUUGGGGCCCGAAGAGAAAAGGAAGCGAAGGAAGAAGGAGAAGAAGAAGAAGAAUGGCGGUGGUGAAGGGGUUAUCCCGAUGGCGGAGUUUUUCAGGGAUUUGGUUCAGCGUGUGGUGGAGCACCAAGAGAGCAUGCACCGGAAGGUGGCGGAGGUGCUCGAAAGGCUGGAGGAGGAGCGGGCGGCCAGGGAGGACGAGUGGCGGCGGCGGGAGGCUGCGCGCCUCGUCCGUGAGUCGGAGGCCGGAGCGAGGGAGAGGGCCCUCGCCAGGGGCCGUGAGGCCGUCAUCGUCUCCUAUCUCGAGAGGAUCACCGGCGCGAGGGUUAAUUGCUCGGUUUCGGAGGGUUCGAAUGAAUGAGAUCAAGUAUGGGUGAAUAACACGGAGUUCUAUUGUGAGGACUUGGGAAAUAUGGAGGAGAAGAAUUGAGAUGAUCAAGUUUUGAAGUAUGUGAUGAGGAGGUUUUGUAUAUCUAUGUAUUGUGGUAGAUGAAGAGGGGUGUAACAAUUUUUCGGUUCUAAGUAUUAAUAUUGUUGAUUGUAAUGGUUAGGUGAUGUAGUAGAGGACUUUAGGCAUAGGGGAGAGCAGUUUGUUCGCGGGAAAAUGGGUUACUGUUUUGUUAAGUAUGAAAUUAGCUAGGGUUUAUGCGGUACGGUUUAUUGUUUGAACUUCUUAAUAAAUUGAAGUGGUAUUUUACUUUUUUUAAUUAUUUAGUUUAA